AUGUACAUACUACGGCCUCCGCAAUAUCCGAUUAGCCGUACGAACUCAAACGCGACGGUAGCACCGGGGGAGCCAAUCCCGGUCGUUCUGAGGAGGGAUGAAGAGGACUUGUCUGAAGAUGAGCCGGAGGGUAUUCCAAAAGACGCCGUGCUACCGGCACCGCCUCCUGCUUAUGGUCUUUGGAGAGGCAGCACCCGAAUGAAUCCCAAUCUCAUGCACUGGCGCAGAGUCGAAACUUUGCAGAGAGAAGAAGCUCCACCAGAGAGCAACAACCGCAACUCAGAGCAAACGUCAUCACCAAACCGGCCUCCUAGUUAUGCUACAGAAGACAGAGUCAGAUAUGUAAUGGAUGCGGAGCUGAGAUCCGCUAUGCCGGAAGCGGGUUCUGGGGCGUUGCCGGUUCAUCCUUCAGAACGCGGACGCAUUGCCUCGGGGGUUUUAUAG